AUGGAUACAUCAAGUACCCUCUCCCACACCGAGACCUGGUGUUUACUGGCUCUCGUGGGGGCCAGUAUCAAUAUUCUGGUUAACACGGUUCAGGGUGAUGGCGCCCCCUUGGUGGCUUCUAUUGCACUGGGUGGUAUUUCCUUUGCAACUGCAUUCAGCUUGAUCCGAUGGCUUGGACCGGUGUUUCUGAAGGCAGGAUUAAAGGGAAAGGAUAUGGCUAAGCCCAGGAGGCCUGAAAUGUAUGAACCUGAAACCAUGGGUGCAGUUUGUGCUGUGGUAUAUCUGUUAGCACUGAUUGUUUUCAUCCCUUUUGCCUUUUACAAAGACAUUGUGGCAGCAACAUCCGGUGGAGGCAACCGGGAUGUCGUGCUUGAACCACAACAGGCUGAGAACGGGCGAUAUUUGCACCGGUUCCCUCACGGCAAGCUUGCAUCCUACCUCUCGGGACUUCUAUCCCUUCAAUCCAUUAUCAUUCUCGGAAUCGGGGAUGAUCUGCUCGACAUCCGCUGGCGACACAAAGUUCUGAUUCCAGCAUUUGGAUCAAUUCCCAUGCUCAUUGUGUAUUUUGUUGACUUUGGCGUCACUCAUGUCGUCGUUCCGCUGCCGCUGCAGCCCUACCUGGGCGACUCCGUCGAUCUCGGCUGGCUGUACUACACGUACAUGGCUGCUGUAGCGAUCUUCUGUCCCAACUCCAUCAACAUGCUCGCUGGAAUUAAUGGGAUUGAGGUGGCUCAGUCGCUCGUGAUUGCAGCUCUCUUGCUUUUCAACGAUGCGCUGUAUCUCGCGCCGAUCACGCCAUACCCACACCCUGCCACCGAUUCGCAUCUGUUCUCGAUAUAUUUCUUGCUGCCAUUCGUCGGUGUCUCUGCAGCUCUUCUCUACCACAACUGGUAUCCGUCCAAGGUCUUCGUGGGGGACACCUACUGCUACCUCGCAGGAAUGGUGUUCGCCGUCGUGGGCAUCCUCGGUCAUUUCAGCAAGACUCUCCUGCUGCUGUUUGCCCCACAGAUCUUCAACUUCUUGUAUUCGAUACCACAGCUUUUUAAGCUUAUUCCUUGUCCUCGUCACCGACUGCCAAGGUUCAAUGCCGCUACGGGGUUGCUGGAGGCUUCUGUCACCGAGUGGACAGUUCCUCCUUCUCAGUUUAUCGCCACCGCCCUUCACCUUCUACAUUAUCUUCAUCUGGUACACAUCACCAAGAAUAAAGACGGCCAAAUCUUUGAGUCAACCAACUUGACUAUUCUCAAUCUUUGGUUGGUGUGGAUGGGGCCCAUGAAAGAAAACCGGCUCGCUUGGCAUAUGGUUGCUGUCCAGACUGUCUGUGGAGCUCUUGGGCUGUUCGUACGGCAUCGUCUGGCAUUGCUGGUGUUUCAUCAUGAUAAUCGGGCGUUCGGUAUCUCGUAG